AUGAAGAGGAACGACCCGGUGUUUGGCUACAAUGCUCACACGGGUGAGUACGCUGACAUGUUUGCCGCAGGUAUUAUUAACCCGACGAAGGUGGUCAAGUCAGCGGUGGUGAACGCGUGCUCCGUGGCGGGGAUGGUAAUAACAACGGAGGCCGUGGUUGUGGAAAAGGACAUGCUUGCAAAGGAAAAACGUGUGGAGGACAUAGGCAUUGAGGACAAGAAGAAGAAGGAGGGGCUAAACACCAUGCGCAAGCGUGUCAAUGAGUCCCAGGCACCGCUGCUGGCGCUCUCACCGCCGAUGAAGUUUCCAAUAAAGGGAAUAUAA